ACAAAAGUAAGACGCAUUAUAUAGAUCGCAUUUUAUUAUACUUUGACACACCACAGCCUACUCUAUUUCACAUAUAAAAUAAAACAUAAACAAUGUUUGGUAUACGCACCCCAACAAAAAUCACCACCCCGCCACCCCAUGCUACUGAAAUAGAGGAGAGGGAAGGAUCGGCUCCUAUACAGCCACCGACCCCGACCUUAACCCCAGCGGUGAGAAAGAGCAUAGGAGAGCUGGAAGCAGCUAUAGCUCAGAGUGCAGAAGGGUUAAAAAAGCAGAAGUCAUACAAAACUAGACUUACUGAAGCCGCAGCAGUCCAACAGAGCGCUCUUCUCCAGCUUGACGCUGCCAGAAAUCUAAAGGGCGAAAUAAAAGCAGCGGUUACCUCGGCGGUAAAAAGACUGUAUGAACUGGUAAAAGAGGCCGAGUCUCAAACUAAGGAAGGAAAGGAUAAGAAGAAGGAAAAGGAAAGGGGAAGCGAGGUAGUGGUAGAAAAGGAGAAUGACAGUAAUAAAACUUACAACAUAGACACCACACCGCAAAGUAAAACCCACGAAAUGGACGAGCAUCUAAAGCGGUUGGAAAAAGAAACUAAAAAGCUAGAAGAUAUCAGCAAAUUACUCCAGGACAACAUAAAGCAAUACAAAAGAAAACCAGACGCCGCCCUAGACGAACAAAGAAGGCAGAAGAUACUUCAUCACGUCGAGGGAAACGCAAGGAAGCUCGAUGAAUUGAGGGAAAGGAUAGGAAAACAAGGAGAGCUAAAAGAAAUCAAAGAGCUUAUAGAAACACAGAUUGAAAAAACUGAUGAAAGAGACCGGAACAUCGAGCGGACGUACGCCAACGUUCUGGCAGCUAACAAUAAAAUAGCCCAACAACAAAAUCCCCCCACCACCUUGACCAACCAGAAUAGAUUAAAUCACCCCCUCACGUACAAGCCAAAGCUACAUAAGCUAGUAGUUAAGUCCUCUAGCCAAGAAACAAAUUCAGAGGUUUACGAAAGGAUUCGCUCGGCAAUAGACCCGAAAACUACUGGCCUUCGGUUGGAUACCAUCCGCAAAACCAAGGAUCAGAAAGUGAUAGUGGGGUGCCGAGCGGAAGACCAAAUAAAGGAACUGACGGAAAGACUGCUAGGGGACAAAACACUUACAGUGGAAACGUUGAAAUACAAGGACCCACUAGUUAUGCUGAGGGGCGUUCUCCAAAUUCAUAAAGACGAUGAGAUAAUCGACUAUAUAGAGGCACAAAACAAACAAAUAUUCUCAGGUAUUAAAGAGGAGGAACGAAGGAUGACUGUCAAAAGACGUAAGACAGCAAGAAACCCUCACCUGCAGAAUAUUAUACUACAAGUGUCCCCUACAAUCUGGAGAAGAAUGGUGGAGGUGGGAAGAGUACACGUUGAACUACAAAGAGUGGUGGUCCACGACCAGUCACCACUGAUACAAUGCACCAAUUGUUUGGGCUAUGGUCACACGCGGAAAUAUUGUGAAAGCACGAAAGAGGUCUGCGCUCAUUGCGGGGAGGAACAUAAAAAGGCAGAUUGCCAAAAAUACAAAGCAGGAGACCCCCCAAUGUGCGUAAACUGUACAAUGCUAAACGUGAAUGCUGACCACAACGCGUUUGACACUGACUGCCCAACGAGAGCGAGGUGGGAGGCAAUGGCAAGAUCGACGGUGGCGUAUUGCUAAGGGCACC